AUGUCUAAAUACAUUAGCGACUUCUUUGCCAAAGCCAACCAGAACUUCAACUUAGGGGAGAAAUUUAAAGCUCCACACAGCCCCGGCUCGCGGAUUCUGCCUUCGAAAACGAACAAGAAUGAUGCCGACUACCAGAUGCGCAUCGAUGCUGGAGAUAUGACACAUGGGAAACUGGCGACGGCAUCUUUCGAUACUGCUGCGGAGGACCCGCAGAAGGAAGCUGCUCGUGUCGUGGAAGAGCUGCGGCAAAAGGCUAAGGAAAAUCUUUAG